CUGUCCGCGCAGGAACGGCGGUGCAGUUUGUCCUGUACGGAGACCCGUAGGAGGAGGGGUCACCUGAGACAACAGAGAUGGCCGUUUCCUUGCUGGUGAAUUCACCCUUCAGACUGAUAGGAAUAAAGUCAUGGUCAAAGGGGUGUGUAGGAGCUGUUGCCAAGCGAUGCUGCAGCUCCUCGCCUGUCUCCACCCCACCCCCACCCCCAUCCCCUCUCAAGACCAGAGCCGUCGUCUUCCUAUCCAAGUACUUCAAUGACGUUGAGUGGCUGGUGGAAAGGACCUCUGCCUUCAGGAGCUGGAUGCAGAAGUUCAGUUACUAUGGGUCCACUCUGGGGCUGUACGGAGACAAUAUGAUUGCCACCUUCUACAUCCUCCGUCUGGGAGGGAGUGUCAGAUUCGCAGGGCACUCGGAGUGGUUCAGGCAGGACUCCAGAGGGCGCAUCAGCAAGAACAUGCUCAAGAUGGUCGAGCUCCCGGUUGAUGGGGUGGAUGCCAGCGGAACCCUCAUUGACUACGAUGGGCUGGACUACCUGGUGAGCCAGUCGGGACUGCGCACUCUGUCUCUCUCUGGCUGCCCGAAGGUGGACGGCUGGUUCCUCUCUCGCCUCUAUGUUUUCCGGGAUUCCCUGGAGGAGCUGAAUCUCUCCGGCUGCCCGAAUGUCACCGAGGGGGCACUGGCCUCACUGCACCACCUCCGGAACCUGCGCAGGCUGGAACUCUCUCUCCCUGCAAGCUCGAACCCGGGGCUGGUGAGGAUCCUGCUGGAGGAGGUGCUGCCUGACUGUCACGUUGCUGGCAUAGAAUACAACCAGGGGCUCAGACACACAGAUCCACAGGGCACAGAGACAGACACAGAGAGAGACACCGCCUCACACCGUGAUGCACUGACACACAGAGACACAAGC